AUGGCACACUUUCUACGAGGGAAACAAGCCGGCAUUCAGAAGGACUUCUCCGAUGGCCUGUCGCCGGAUUUGUUCGCUCUGGACGAUUUCGCCCGGUAUGGCGUGAACUCUCAGAUCAGCGCUAUCGCAUACGAUCCCGUCCAGUCCCUUCUUGCCGUCGGAACCAGCGAUACACAGUUUGGAAGCGGGCAGAUCUAUGUUUUCGGCCAGCGUCGGGUGUCGGUCACUUUUUCGCUCCCUCGCAAGGCGUCUGCCAAGUUCCUCCAGUUUUGCGCCAAUAAACUGAUAAGCGUGGAUUCGAAGAGCGAGAUCUCCGUUUUCUCCCUGGAGACCCGACAAACAAUCUUCUCAUAUGCUCCCCCGAACCACGUCAGCGCGGUGUUGACCGAUCCUAGCCUCGACUACGCAUUCAUUGGUUUACAGAAUGGUGACAUUAUCGCUUAUGACCUCGACCGCGAGUCCUUGACCCCAUUCAAAGUUCCCAACCUCUGGGCCUCACGCAACCCAAGGGCGCGGUUUUGCCCCGUUCUGACCUUGUCCUUCUCGCCGCGCGAUAUUGGAAAGAUACUGGUGGGAUAUCCCGAAGGUGCCGUGACGUUUUCUUUCAAGCAGAACGUCGCCCAGAAAUACUUUGAAUACGAGGUUCCCCAGGGUGCCUUCGGUGGAAACGGCGAGGUCCCGGCGCACGAACCGCGCAGACCUAGAUUGACCCAGGCUCUCUGGCAUCCUAAUGGAAUCUUCAUCUUGACUGUUCACGAUGAUAACAGUCUUGUCUUCUGGGAUUCGAAGGAUGGUCGUAGAAUCAUGGCCCGGUCGAUUCAGGAUGCGAAUAUUGAUCAGCCGGGCGCCGGUCCAGAGCGGCCACUUUCAUCUGGUGGUGCCGUUGGUCUCAAGGACCCCAUUUCCCAUGUCGCCUGGUGUGUCAAAGAGAAUGGCGACGAUAGUGGCCUUUUGAUAGCCGGUGGUCGCCCGAAAGCCGAGGCCAACAAGGGACUUACGUUUUUGGAUCUGGGACCGACCCCCAAUUAUCAGACAUCGUCGUGGGCCAUUCUUUCUCGAUAUUUUGAGACCCCAAGGCAGAUUCUGAACCUCCCGACUCCCCCGGGUGCAGAGGUUGUCGACUUUUGCCUCAUCCCCCGUGCCUCGCCUUACUACGCCGGUUGCCAUGAUCCUAUCGCCUUGAUCUCCCUCCUCUCCUCGGGAGAACUGAUCACCAUGAGUUUCCCAAGCGGCCACCCAAUCACCCCGACGAAUAUGGUCCAUCCUUCACUUUCAUUUGUUCAUCCGUUCGUGACCAAAAUGGUUCUGACGCCAGUAGACCGUUCAGCCUGGUUGGGUCUAAAGGAGAGGAGAUCACAAGGACCGAAGUUCCUUCUAGGUGGCGCAGAAGCACAUAAGACUCUCAAGCGAUUUGAACAUCGCAAUGUAAUUACAACGGCUCAUGCUGACGGAACUAUUCGUCUGUGGGACGUGGGCCACGACGACGAGAUUGAAAAUGGCGACGUCAUCCAGGUGGAUCUGGCUCGUGCUGUUGGCCGAGUCGCCGGGAUUGAGGUCACUGAGAUGUCUCUAGGUGGCUCAACCGGCGAGUUAUCGGUUGGUCUCCGAACCGGCGAGGUUGUCGUGUUCAGAUGGGGCAACAAUCGAAACUUCGGCAACGAGGGACCCUCCGGUGCCAACGAAGGGGCAGGGAAAUUGACCAACAUCACUCACCGGGCCGAUCCGGGGCUGAAACAGGGAAUCCUCCCUCUAACGCUGUUGAACAUGCAGCAGGGCCCAGUCACCGCUUUGAAACACAGCCAGGUCGGCUUCGUUGCAGCGGGAUUCGAAGGUGGCAGCUUGGCCAUCAUCGAUUUACGUGGACCAGCAGUGAUUCAUACUGCGCACCUAUCGGAACUCACAAAACCCAACAAACGCAGCAGUUUCCUUAAGUCCCGUUCGUCCGAGGAAGCACCCCCAGAAUGGCCUACAAGCAUUGAAUUCGGUGUAAUGACAUUGGAAGGCGAGGACUAUUCAAGCAUUUGCUGCUUUGUGGGCACUAAUCGAGGGAAUCUCGCUACCUUCAAAAUCCUCCCGGCCAGCAAUGGAGCUUACAUGGCUUCCUUUGCUGGGUCGGUACCAUUAGAUGAUAAGGUCAUCAAGAUCAACCCCAUCGACGCAGAAAGUGGCGAUCUCGUCUUGGCUACCCCGAGUCUGGUUUCUAGCCUCAGAGAUGGAAAUAGAGUCAACGGCGUAGUCCUCGCCGUGACUGUUUCUGGAUGCCGGAUUUUCAAACCUGCCACAUCCAAGGGCGCUCAUAAGUCCUGGGACGACUUUUUAUGUGAUUCUGCUGCCGUGGUCAAGAUUGAAGGCCGAGGCCAUAGCUUGGUUGGACUUUUUGGUGACGGCAAUGCGCGCGCUUUCUCUAUUCCAGGACUCAAGGAGAUUGGGUGCAGCGCCAUCAAUAACAUGGUGGAUAUGAGACGGCUCUCGGAAUCCACUGUUUGCUCCAAUGGCACUGCGCUGGUUUGGACGGGCCCGUCUGAGAUAGGGCUGUUUAGCGUGUGGGGAUCUGGAAUUACGCUGAAACGUUCGGAGGAUCAGCUUUUCAAUAUCCAGGCUGUUAUCCCCCCGCGACCUACCAUCACUAAUAUCCAGUGGAUAUCUGGUACCCAGUAUAUUUCACCAGCGGAUAUGGAUAUCCUGAUCGGAGGUCCCGAUCGUCCUCCCUCCAAACGAAUGCAGGAGCAGAUGCGGCUCGAUGACCAGGAACGGCGAAGAGCGGCCAGGGAAGGAAGGUCUCCCGGCAACCAGCCUUCGCAAGGCAGCGAUGAAGGUUAUAUUUCCUACAUGCAGCGCCAAGUGCAGGAGCGCACCGAAAGACUUAACAUAGCCGGAGACCAAAUGGAGCGUUUAGAGGAAAGCAGUAGUGGCUGGGCCCGGGAUGUCAACAAGUUCGUUUCGAACCAGAAGAAAAAGGCCGUUCUCGGUGCGCUGGGGUCUAAAUUUGGGUUCUAG